GCCACUCCGACGACCAGGGCUGUUAGCAGAAAUCAGAUCAUCGUAGCGGAUGCAGCCGAGAUCAUUGCACUAGAAGUUUGGGCACAAUCGGCGUUCGACGCGUUCUUUAACGGGAAAUUUGAUCUGAUUGCGUUCGAGCAUUCAUCUCGUACGGGUCACUCUGGAUAUGAUCCCUUGCAGACAUCUCCGACGAAAUCAACAUCUUUUCUGGCGCCGCUUUUUGCCGCGGCGUUGAUUGGGUUGAGGGUAGAGGUCG